UGCUGUGCUGCUUCUCUGACCCUGAUUGCAACCCAUCUACGACCUCGCGCUACUACUCUGGUGAUAAUCCGCCACGCCGCAAUUCCGCGUCAUCCUUUCUAAGAGUAGUGCACUAGAUACCGGCAACUGCGGUCUCCACUUGGGCUUCCGGCGUCUCGAUGCGCACGCGCCAAUUGGCUCCUCGAACCGACCACCGCUCUCAGCAUAAUAAUUCCACGACUGGGACUUCUCCUGUCGACAUCAAGGCAGGAUGGAGAUCUUGCUUGCCGUAUACCAUGACCGCAAGGUGCUGCUUUGGGACGUCGGGUUCACGGUGACGGGCCUGGCGAUUGCGUUGAGCCAGAGCUGGAUUCCUAUCCCUGAAUCUGCCAGAGUGUGGGAUGCGCCGACUUUCUAUGCUGCUAUUAUCAUCACGACCAUCGUGAUAUGCCUCUCCACUCGUCUUUGGUCCGGUCGUCGUCACCAGAAUGCCUGCAGUAGCAGAGCUGAAAACAGGGCAGUGCCCAUUAUCCCUUACUGGGUACCCUUUUUUGGCCAUGUGUUUCAAUUUCUCUGGGGCAAAAGCUCGUUUUUGAAGAAGGCAAGGGAUACAAGCAUGGAUGAGAACUUUACUCUGAAGCUUGCUGGCAUUUCUCAUGUGGUAGUAAACUCACCAUCUGCCAUCAAGGCUCUGGGAGAGAAAGACUCUACUUUUGCGGACGACGAAAACUUCGUUUUGAAUGCCCGGAAGAUUGCUUUUGGCCUAGGAGGCAAGCUGCCCACGGGAAGCGCUGAUGCUCCAGCUGCAUUUUCCAAUGCCUUCUAUGAUAAAGUCAUUGCCGAACCUUACAUUGAAGAGCUCAUUCCAAAGGUGCUUGGUGCAAUGAAAGAAAAUAUACCAAGCAUGAUGACAUUCAUGACGAGCCUAGUCGACCAAACACCAUGGGAGCGCGCUGCAGAAACCCAAGCGGUGGAAGGUGCAGGCAACCGGAUGUUUGCUAUGACCAAUCUACUUGUACUUAUUCGUGAGUUGGCUGGCAAUAUGAUCACCCCAGCCCUCACUGGCGCCGGUUUGGUCGAAGAUUAUCCAGGACUCCAUGCAGACCUUCAGCAGUUUGAAGACUACUUUUACCUUAUGGCGUCCGGCAUUCCACGAUGGGUGCCAAUUCCUGGAAUCCCUUCUGGCACCAUUGCCCGCAAGCGCCUGUUGGAUCAGCUGGCUGCUUUGGGCCGGGCGUACAACCAAGUGUCUCAAGGUGCAGAUACCUCGUACUACAGGCACCUUAGCGACUUCCCGACGAUGUUCGCCGUCGCUCAGGAAACGCUUGCCAAUGGCGAUGCCUCCACACAAGCACGAGCUUCUGCCCACCUCAGUAUCCUUUGGGCACUCAACUCUAGCGUCCGGAAUCUGGUGUUCUGGCUCCUCGUUCAUAUCAUCAGUGAAGAAGGCCUUGCCGAGCGUGUUCGUAAGGAGGCCAAGCCAUACGCUCGCGCCACACAGCCGCCGAAUGACUUUGGUGUGCCAGAGCCUCCACUGUUGGACGUCGACAUUGAAGGCCUCACCACAAAAUGCCCUCUGCUGGAAGCUUGCUACAUGGAAACCAUCCGGCUUUACGACAGUUCCUGGACCGUGAGGAAGGUCAAGCAGGACUUCUCCAUUCACGACGACGAGUUGGUGCAGUUUGAGGAGGGGCAGUACGUCAACGUGUCGAACAAUUUGCACAACACUUCCAGCCAGUACUACUCGGAAGCCGAGAAAUUCAUGCCCAAGCGCUUCAUCAGCGCGGAGGAGGGACAGACGGCAAAGGCAGAAUGGGGCACGGUGAGGCACGAGGGAGGCAUGUGGUCUUUGGGCGGAACCAUGGGCCUUGCGCACAAGCUGAGCCUGGCGAUUGUGGCCAGUCUGUUGGCGGUUUGGGAGAUUGAGCCUAUGAGCGAGGCGGGGUUGCGGGUUCCGCGAAGGCGUGAGGCGCCGCUGAUUGCAGGGCCGAAGCGCGAUGUCAGAGUGAAGAUAAGCCGACGGGAUCUGGGGCCAGCGAACAGAUCUUAAGGGAGGAUCUAUCUGGACGCUCCCGGAGGAUCAUUUUAUCGUAGGUUGCAUGGAGCAAAAGGGCGACUGUUCAGGGUUCGCGUGUGCUUUGAAGUAUUUGACAUGAUGAAAGAGAGACAAGAGACAAGGUGUGCGUGUCAGGGCUGGCAGGCUCCACGUGG